AUGAUCCACCCUGAUGAUCCCGACAGCGUUGAUAUGGCCCCAAAGGUAAUAGAUCCGAACGUUCUGUCGGUGCACUCAUCAGCCAAACAGUCCAGUCAACGAGAACAAGCAACCACGGAAAACGGCACCGGGGUGACAGAGUUCAUCCUCGUGGAGUUCACCGAUGACCCCCACCUGCAGGCUCCUCUCCUCUCUAUCCUCUUCCUCACCUAUUCAUUAAGCGUCACCGGGAAUCUGACCAUCGUCACCCUCACCUUGCGUGACUCCUGCCACUGCACCCCCAUGUACUUCCUCCUGCGCAGUUUCUCCUUGCUGGAGGUCGCCUUCACAUCUGCCAGCAUUCCUAGAUUCCUGGUCACCAACCCCCUGCCCUACACGACAGUCAUCAGCCGGGGCUUCCGAGCUCUCCUGGGCCUCUGCUACUGUCUGACUGGUUUCCGGGUCGUUUUUCCGCCAGUCAUUGUUCUCUUCCAUCAUGAUUUCUGCCCCUCCAAUAUCAUCAGCCACUUCAUCUGUGAUUCUUCUCCCAUGCUACAGCUCUCCUGCUCGGAUACCCGGUUCGUGGAGUUUAUGGCUUUCCUCCUGGCCUUGAGGACGCUCCUGGUCACCCUGGCUCUGGUGACCGCGUCCUAUAUAGCCAUGAUCUGCGCCAUCCUGAGACUGCCCUCAGCUCAGCAGAGAAGAAAGGCCUUUUCCACCUGCUUCUCACACAUGGUCGUGGUCUCCAUGACGCUUGGCAGUUCCCCCUGGAACCCCAACCCAUCUGUCCUCAUCCAUUUAGAAGGGAAUUUUGCUUUUUCCCUCCACAUGAUAGAGAUGUUCCGAGGUUUGCUCUGCAGGGCGAUGCCGAAGCUGUUCGACUAUCACAGUAUACCAGCAGGCCUGCUUCAAGGGGGAAAGAGUGAGGCCUCCCGAGUUCACCUUCUGAGGGUGGCCAUCACGAACCUGUUCAGGGGAAAUCCAGCAAAGGAGGCCACUGGUCUGGGUAAGCCACGUGAACGUAAGCCACUGGCAUCUCCCCGAACGGGCGUUAGGGGUGGCUUCUGGGUAGACCUUACCCCCACCCUGGAGAACCGGGCCCCCUGUUAG